AUUAAGAUGAAUUCAAAUGUUUUAUUGCUGACGUGCUAAAUAUCGAAAGCAGAUAAGCUAAAAUAAUUCUGUGAUAACCCCUCGUUGAUCCCUACAGAAAUGGAUAAGCAAUUGAAAGUUUAAGCUGAACAUUUUUUAGUUUGCUCUGAUUAAUUUAACAUUUUAUGUUACAGAGAUGUUUGGUGUAACACCGUCUGUUACAGGAACUGUAGUUUUCAACAGAUCUGCUACACUAACAUUGGUGUUUCACUGGUGUUUAGUAAAAGCUCUUACAAUGGCAGCUGCGCUCACGAGCAUAAUUCGAGUUUUCUUGGUGGGUGACGUGAUGAUUGGGCGAGGUAUAGACCAAAUCCUGCCUUACCAUUGUAAACCGUGGAUGUACAGGGAUUUCAGGAACGAUUCCAGAGAGUACGCCCAACUUGCCAUAGACAAGAACGGUCCCCUGCCAAAAGAGAUCGGGAUGGAUUACGUAUGGGGAGAUGCGCUACAGAUCCUGCAAGAGAAACAACCAGACUUUCGCUUAAUAAACUUAGAAACAGCCAUCACCACCAGCGAAACCGCAUGGCUGGGAAAACGCGUUCAGUACCGCACACACCCUCGGCACGUGGAAACUUUGCAAGCAGCCGGAGUGGACUGUUGUGUUCUGAGUAACAACCACGUGCUAGAUUGGGGCUACCCCGGUCUGGCUGAGACUCUUACAACUCUGAAAAAGGCCAACAUGAAGUAUGUUGGUGCAGGAGAAAAUAUAUUUGAAGCUCAGAAGCCGGCGAUCUUUGAAAUUCCGAAUAAGGGACGCAUCGUAGUCUUUGGGGCGUGUCAUACUUCAGGUCUCGUAAAUGAAGAAUGGAACGCUACAGAGACAAAAUCGGGAGUGAACCUUCUUAGUUUUGAGGAUAUCCCAUAUGUGGUGAAACAACUUGCAGAUCAAGUAAAGAAAGUCGAGAAACCGGGAGACAUCGUGAUUCUUUCCAUCCACUGGGGACCUAACUACAAAUGGUUAAGUUCUCCUAUGGAGAGGGAAUUUGCACAUGCCGCCAUAGACGUUGCCGGCGUGGACGUAAUUCACGGCCAUUCCUCGCACCAUGUAAAAGGCAUAGAGGUUUACAAUGGCAAACUCAUCAUGUACGGUUGUGGAGAUAUUGUCAGUGACUACGAAGGGACCCCUACCCCAUUACACAAGCGCCCAUUUCACAACGUGCGCAGCCUUAUGUAUUUCGCCGAUAUUGAUCCACUUACGGGAGAAGUUGUUGACUUCAAAAUGAUUCCCACAAUGAUGAAAAAUCUACGUGUGAACAGAGCCGAUGAAGAAGCUUCAAGCUGGCUUUAUGCAAAGAUGUCAGAGUUGUGUGAGGAACUCGGUGGAGGAGUGCAGUGGGACGGUAGCGAACUGAGACUAGUGUUACAGUCUGGUGGAACGACGCACUUCUUCACACAAGGGAUAGGCUGGACAGGAUCUGCAAAGUGUACAAUUAUAUUGAUACUGCUAAUCUUCGUUCUCACCAUAAUUGCGUGCAAGUCAUGUAUAUUUAGAAAAGUAGUUAAUCUCCAUAAAUGUCGCUAA